AACAAGACUCCCACACUUGAUAAAGAAGCGGAGGUUCUGCUGCUUGUCGGGCGAGAUAUUCCCGCACUGUACAAGGUUCAUGAGUCACGCAACGGACCCAGAAACGCGCCUUGGGGCCAGCGGUUGGACCUUGGUUGGGUAGUACUUUGAAAUACCUGUCUCGAUGGCGCCCACAAACCGGUAGCAAUCUCUACUUUCAAGACCCAAGUCCUCUACAACGGUCGACCUUCGCUGUUCAUCCCCUGCCCAAACCGCUUUUACCUUAAACACGAUACCUCUCCAAUAGCCUGGGGCGAGCAAGAAGAAAACACACACCCCAUAGGCAGCCCCUUUGACGAUGGCCUAGGGCGCAACGUGUUCGUACGAACAAAUCGCGACAAUAAGCCCGGGAUUUCUACUGAGGAUCGCAGGUUCCUGAAAAUCAUGGAGGAUGGCAUGGAAAAAGAAUGAAAACGGAAGCUGGGAAGCUCCGCUGCCCUUCCGACACGACGUCAAGAAUCUUCCCAGUAGCCGAGUGAAUGCUAUGAAACGCCUUACGUCUACACGCCGAACCCUAGAUAAAAACCCAAUUAUGAAGGAACAGUAUUUUAUCUUCAUGCAGAAGAUUUUCGGUAACGAUCAUGCUGAAAUUGUUCCACAGGAAGAUCUGAGACCAGACAAACUUUGUUGGUACCUGCCUCACUUCGGCGUAUAUCACCCUACGAAGAAGGACAAAAUACGUGUAGUCUUCGAUUCAGCUGCUGAAUCUAACGGGGUGUCUCUUAACAAGCUGUUAUUGUCGGGUCCUGACCUCACUAACAACCUUCUUGGGGUGCUGUUACGUUUCCGUCAGGAUCCAGUCGCUCUGGUAGGCGACAUUGAGCAAAUGUUUCACUCUUUCAAGUUAAAAGAGGAAUUCAGAGACUUCCUACGGUUUCUGUGGUACAAGGAUAACGACCCAAACGGCGCGAUAACGGAGUACAAAAUGAAAGUUCAUAUCUUCGGGAACACUUCGUCACCAGCAGUAGCUAACUACGCCCUACGCAAGACUGCUGAGGUAGGAGAAGCGAUGUUCGGUUCAGACGCAAAGUCGUUCGUAGACAACAAUUUUUCCGUAGACGAUGCCCUCCAUUCCGCCCCGGAUUCAACCACGGCGAUAGAUUUUCUACGUCGCACUCAGGCCAUGCUAGCCACUGCAAACCUUCGGCUGCACAAAAUUGCCUCAAGUCACGCUGAAGUAAUGGAAGCCUUCCCGCCUGAAGAUCAUGCAAGUGGCCUCCACAACCUAGACUUCAACAAAGGCCCUGAUCCCGUGCAGUGAUCAUUAGGAAUUUACUGGGACUUGCAGUCCGAUUCUUUCACCUUCCAAGUGCUGCUAGAAGAAAAACCAUUUACUCAGCGAGGAGUUCUGUCGGUUACCAACAGCCUGUAUGAUUCCCUGGGCCUUGCAGCACCAGUCAUCGUUAAAGGAAAACACUUACUCAGACCACUCUAAACGAAUUUAGCGCCUUACACCCCGAUGCCUGGGACUACCCUCUACCUGCAGAAAGGGAGGCAGAAUGGAAAGAAUGGUGUCAUUCUCUACGAGCUCUAGAAGAUAUCAAAGUUCCCCGCUCUUACGGAACAGAAGCAUUAAAAUGUUCCGCUCGCAUUGAACUGCAUACCUUCUGCGAUGCCUCGGAGAUGGCAAUCAGCGCAGUAUCAUACCUAAGAAUUGUCCACAACACCUGCCAGGUUCAAGUAGCAUUUGUGCUCGGAAAAACCAAGUUGACACCAGCGCAUGCCACAACAAUACCUCGCUUAGAACUUUCCGCAGCCGUUCUGGGGGUUGAGAUGACUGACCUUGUUCACGAAGAACUAGAACAGAAACCUGACUCGGUGACCUGCUACUCGGACAGCAUAGUCGUUUUGGGUUACAUCUCAAAUGAGUCCCGCCGAUUUUAUGUUUACGUCAGCAACCGCGUGGAGCGCAUUCGUCAGCUCCAUACCAAUGGAAGUAGGUCGCUACCAGUCUGAACCCUGCAGAUCUAGCUACACGAUCAAUCGAAGCAAGUAAAUUAAAAGAGAGCACAUGGCAUAAGGGUCCAAAGUUUCUGUACAACAACCUUACAACUGUCACUAACGAUAGGCACACGGACGCAGAAAUCUUUCCCGGCGAUCCAGCGAUGCGCAAAGAUUCGAAUGUCUUGGCUACUCACGUAGAAGUCUGUUCGACCAUUGGCUCAGAGUGCUUCAGCAGGUUUUCAGAAUGGUCAAAACGUCAAGGUGCAAUCGCAAAGCUGAUCACCGUUGCAAGAUCAAAGAGUGACACACUCUCGCAGGACAAUGUCACUGCCACCCAGUCUUAUCAUAAAGCAGAGGUUUUCAUCAUCAAAAGGGUCCAACGGCAAGCCUUUGGCGAAGACAUUGAACGCAUCAAACGCUUAGGAAAGGUUUCCAGACUGAGCGUUCUAGAGAAGCUGAGCCCCAUAAUAGACGGAGAAGGAAUUCUUCGAGUAGGAGGAAGACUUAACCAAGCAGACCUAGCCAACGAGGAGCGGAACCCCAUUAUCCUGCCCAGGUCGAGCCACGUCUCAUCUCUUCUGAUCAGACAUUACCACGAAAGAGUACAGCACCAGGGAAGAGUUCUAACGCACGGUGCACUUCGCAGAAGUGGGUACUGGAUCUUGGGAGGAAAGAGAUUGAUUAACAGCAUCAUUGAGAAGUGCGUGAAAUGUAAGAAAUUGAGAGGUCAAUGCCAGAUCCAGAAAAUGGCCGACCUACCCGUGGACCGAAUUAGUGCCGCGCCCCCGUUCAGCUAUGUUGGGCUCGUUGUAUUUGGCCCCUGGCAGAUUAGCGCCCGGAGGACCAGAAGGGGCCUUGCUCACAGCAAACGCUGGGCCGUACUAUUUGCCUGUAUGUCAACCCGUGCGGUACACAUUGAAGUCAUUGAGUCUAUGGAUACUUCGAGCUUUAUUAAUGCACUCCGCAGAUUCCUAGCUAUAAGGGGACCGGUCAUCCAGCUUUGCUCAGACUGCGGCACCAACUUCGUAGGAGCAUGCAACGAACUUCAAGCAGUGCUAAAACUUUCCGACGCUAGCCCUGUUUAAAGAUAUCUGCUGAAAGAAGGUUGCGAGUGGCUAUUUAAUCCACCCCACGCUUCGCACACAGGCGGUGCCUGAGAAAGAAUGAUAGGCCUGGCGAGACGACUAUUGGAAGCCAUGUUAGCGGAUGUCUCGCCGAAACACCUCACACACGAAGUCUUAACAACCCUGAUGGCUGAGGUAUCGGCUAUCGUCAAUGCUAGGCCGCUCGUUCCAGUCUCCAACGAUCCAGACGCGCCUGAAGUUUUGACCCCAGCGACAUUGCUGACUCAUAAGCCACAACACCUGAAACCGCCAGCUGGGGAAUUCAGUGCUGCAAACCUGUCACACAAACAAUGGAAACGCGUCCAACACCUAGCCGAUGUUUUCUGGUAGCGAUGGAGGAGAGAGUACCUUCCAAUGCUGCAACCACGUAGAAAGUGGCAAAACACGACCCGCAACGUGCAGAAGGGCGACUUAGUCAUUCUCCGCUGCAAAGACGCCCCGAGGAACGACUGGCCCUUCGCCAGAGUCACCAGAGCUCAAGCAGACAGUGACGGAAUGGUGCGCAGGGUGGACUUAGUAACCGUUCGUGGAGGGUCAAGGAGGCAUUAUAAACGCCCAGUUACAGAAACCAUCCUGCUGCCGUCAAUGAAUCCAGCUGGAUCACUGACACUUUUCCCUCUUUAUUUUUUGUCUCACUUUAACGAACAAUUUAGUCAGUAGUGGUAUUCUUGAAUACCAGGCGAGGGGUGUGCCGUCACGCCACUGAACGUUAUAUAAACAAUCAUUUUUCUGUUUUGUGAUUAUUUCCGCUUGAGACGUAGGUUAGUCAUUUUAGAGAUAAUAUCUGUCAGAAAUCCUUAUUAUUGGUCAAUCUGUUACGCCUUGAUUUCCUUUAGCAAAGUAUAAUAGUCAUUGUCUUAUUUACUCGCUAGUUUUUUCACUUCAACCCAGCCUAUGUAAGUUCUUUCCUUUUUUACCUUAUAAAAAGUAAUUUCAACUUCGCUGGUUAUGCUGCCCUAUUUCGGCCAAGACCAAAUAUCGGUCGAGGUAGCGGAACAUUCUUCGUUUUCUGUUUUCUAGAAUGAACAAACUCGAUCGGGAUUUCUUGCCCUCUCUGAAACUACGUGACUUUGCUUUUAUCCUAUCAGUCCUUACGCUACGGACAAACGGAUGCAACAACUCCCAACAGUGUUGCGUCCGUUUGCUUGGGGCUAAAAGUUUUACCUGUUUAAAACUUUGCGCAAGAACUCCCAACAACACCCAACAACAUGCAACAGGCUGUGCAAACGACGCAGCAUGUACCAUGCAACAAUUUUGGGAGUUGUUGGCCAACAACGCAAAGAUAGCGAGUAUCGUGAAGAAGGUCUUUACGGCCAAUCUGUGCAUUUGUAUUUUAGGAGUAAAUUCGAGUAACGGAGGUAUCACCAAUCCAAAGUGUGGGGAUGGCUAUAGCGUUCCUCCAAAUCAGGGUGCCUCGUUCUUCUGUCGUCCAAGUUUGUUUGGAAGAUACGUCACCAUACGAAUACCUGAAAGGACAGAGGCACUAACUUUAUGCGAAGUUGAAGUUUAUUCCGCACGAAGAGGUAGAAAACCACCCUGGAUUAGAGUAAUGCACUAUGCUUUGGUAUUUACAUAGGAUAGAGCAAAAAUAUUGUGCGUACUUUUUUCCAGAUUUUUUUUUAAUCCUUAAAAGACAAAGAAAUUAUAGGCGAAUCUUUGUUUACAUUUCUGCUUCAUUAACAUAUGGCUAUCAUUGUUUGAUGAAGCUAGUGAAAUAAAAUCUCUGAUCAAAAGACCGUACCAAAAUUUGAGCCCCAUUAAUCGAAUAACUUUGGUGAAAUUAUCGUUAAAAAUUCGAAUUUUUACAAAGAAUAUGUGAGCUCAAAUAGUAAACAUUUUUGCCACCCAGCAAUUUCGCCGAUUUUGAUUGUUGCUAUUUCCUUUUUUAAUACUUGCAAAGAGCUGAAAAGUGCACAAACUACAAACAAUGUAAGCAAUGACGUCAAUAAGGAAAAAAAAGCAAACUAACAAACAAGCAAGCAAACUGAGAAGCAAACAUGUAGUACUCACAUGUCAACGAUCAGACAGGAACCAAUUUCAUGCUUAUGCUGGGAUAUGGCUAUCCGGAAUUAUUUUGCCUGGCAGUAAAACAGCACAAUAUAGGUGCAGACAUAUUUAAAAAAAUUUUUUUAUAAUUUAUUUAUUAUUUUAAUGUUCUCUCUGUCUCACGGAUUCUGACAUAUUAGUACUGAAAUUACGGUAUACCCAGGUCAGUGUACAGGCCGCCCUGCAACAUUUGAACGAACAGGAUCAAAACAGAAGGGCUGUCAAAAAAGUUUUUAAGUAGCAGGCUGAUAAUGAAUAGUAGGUGGCUUUGGAACUCGCACCAAAGGCACAAGUUCUUGAGGACCGAGGCAUCUAGGGACAUUUUGAAAUUUAGUGUCUCGGAAAAUUUUCAGGGGUUUUCAAGAGGAAUUUUCCACCGCGCACGCCAUGUUGUUUUGUCAGAAUACACGCAAGACUAAGAAUAAUGCCGUUGAAAUGUCCCAGGCGUUCCACGACAUCGCACGGUUCGAACAUUUCACAGAUCUAAACCUGUUUAAAUAUGUGUUCAUAGUCAUUCAAAACUGUGGAACGUAUGCUUUACAAUUUUAUCCGAUGGUGCCUAUUUUUUGUCAGCAGUUACGGUAGGAGGAGAUGAAAAUAGCUGGCUAAGGAUGGCUAACUAGCUGGGGGUUUGGCGGGCUACCGGCCCUGGUUGACAGCCCUGAACACAGGAGCUCCUAAAUACAUUGAAAACACUUUUUGGGCUAUCCAGAGUAAUUUUAGAUCUCUAGAAAUGCAUUCUUAAAUUUGUAUCUGUUCGGUCAUCCUAGGGCAACUUAAAUCUUUUCGCCAUUAUUAAGGCUUCAGUAUUACUUUCCCGAAAAUUUUAGAUGUAAUUUAACGUUUUUACGAAAGUUAGAAUUUUUCUAAUUCCUCUCUUCAUGGCACUUUUGAAUCAGAAAAUUUUAGGUUUCCUUUUUACACGAUAAUUAGCUAAACCUGGGGAGUGAAAUGUGAAUUAAUUAAACUUAUGAAAAUUCUAGGGAAUUUGUUAGGUAAGCUUCGAAAAUUGUACAUGAAUGGAACAGUCACCUAGAAAUUUUAGCCGUCCUCAAGAAAUAGAAAAUUUUAGUCAAUAUUUGCUUCUCCGAACAGAUAUUUUACAGAAAACAGUCGUUGGGUGCCCCUGUGAACAGGAACAAAAUUUUCUUCUUGUCCCAAACGAAAGCUAAAAAUUUUUGUAGGUCAAGGGAAUCGAAUCAAUUGAGCUUCAGUGCUCAACAUAAACUGCAGGAGUUGGUAAUUAAACAAAGCUGAAAGUGGCUACACGUCACGCUAUUUCCUAUCUUCUUCAAAAGGUAAAAAUUCUUUCAUAUCAGUUGAAUUUCAAAAAAAAAUAACACUCCAGCGUUGUUAUUUAAGGCUUUAAAUUUAAGUUUCUGCAAUUUGAUUGGCUCAAAGCAGUGGUAUUUCAGCUUAAUUUGAAAUAUCUACAUAUGAAAAUUACAAAACUUUUGCGGGUAAUAGCAUAAACAAAUAAUAGCAUAAUUUGUACAUGAUAUUUCAAAAUUGUCUCAAAUUUCAGUCGCCUAACGGCUCGUGAAAUUACGUAUAACAAUUUCGAAAUGUCACUCGUGGUAUUUAUGCCAAAUAUCACUACCAAUCUUGCCAUUACCUAUACAUAUUUAGGCAUAGAUGGAAAGGCGGGGCCAACUUUUUCAAGUUUUAAUACUAAUGCCUGCAAAAGUCACCGAAAACAUUAUUAUGGUUGGUGCUCCCUAAUGGAAUUUGUUGAAUGAAUAAAUUAAGAGUCGUAGAUGAGAGGACAGCAGACGUCCCCUCUUACAUUAUAUUUUAACAUGUGAACAGUAAGGUCGGACGUCAGCACAUAUGAUAUCUCAUAUGAUAUCUUCUUCAUGAUUCUACAAUGUGUACAGGGUUCUGUCUGGGAUUUAUCGUUUGUUGGAGAAGUCCCGAGUGGCCGAAGGUCACGAAUUUCCUAGGGUGAUCCGGGGGCAUCUCCCACCCGGAAAUUUUUUCACAGGAAUAUGCGCUGAGCCUGAGAUGAGCUACCAUUUUGAGAAAUGUUAUGCUGUGUGCACUGGCCUAGUCGCGUCUAGAUUUUUUUCCGAUAUAGUUACUUAUAGACUGUGAUGAUAAAAAUAUUGUUUUUUGGGGGGUGGGGGGGGGGGGGCUGGGCAUUUUUUUUUGGGGGGGGGGGAAGCUUCUACCCCUCAAAUACCCUAGGUAGAACCCUAAAACCCUUACACAGACGUUGUUUCAUUUUUCUUUUUGUUCUUUUGGAAAACAUUGGCAUGCGCGAGAGCGAGCGAGAGCUUCCCCCACCCCUACCCCUUUGUGCCGGCGGUCAAUAAAUUCCCCGUGGUUUAUUUUUUUUAUCACGCGCGCUCGACGGACUUUGAAUGGAAAAUAGAGGGUCUGUGAACAGGCUAACUAAGUGUAAGCACAUCAUCAUUUUCUGCCGGUCUAAACCCACGCGCUACACCCGGGCGGAUACCCCUUGAAAUACUAUUAAUAGAUCGACUAGACCCUUAAUUUAAAAACCACAAAAACAACAACUUUCGAUAUGUAAAGAGGAUAUGUCAAGAAAUUCUGCUGUUUUAGGUCAAUCCUGUUUUGAAGUCACAAAGCAGUGGAUUGCCCCGGAGCUAACAGAAACGUUGUGUACACAGGAACCCGGUGCCCACUUUAGUGCCCGAGUACAAGGUCUUGAACUACGGGAACGCUGCCUUUAAGGAGCUGUGUCAUGGCUGUUUACUUCCUUUUGUUUAAAAUGCCAGUUACGCGUCGUUGUUCGCUUUAAAACUCGGGAAAUUACCUGUAAGUGACAAAAUCACAGUUUUGCGUCAAAAAAAAAUGUCUGCCAAGCAUCAUAUCAAUCGUUACAAACAGCAAUAACUGAACAAGUUUGCAAAAACCACAAUUUGUAUCUCAUUCAAUCUUCAAGUUUGUCCAUCUGUUCUUCUUUUUGUAGUGUUACUUUGUCAUUGAUACCAUCUACCUUUUUGAGCAGUUAUUUGUCAGCAAUGUUUCUUUCAAUUUGGUGGCGGUACCCAACGUUUGAAUUUUGAUAAAUUUCGCCGUGACACAGCUUCUUUAAUCAGAGCCUUAAAUAUAAAUUCCUGAAAAAGUCUUGAAGUUUGCAGAGCAAUUUUCCAGACCUGUAAAACUUCUGGAAAAUAGGGUUAAAAUCCGGAAAAAUGGUAAAAAGUUUGGGUGUUUUUUCUCUUUUUCAAAGCGACAUAAAGUCCUUAAUAAGUGAUGUUUUUUUCCAUGGUCAAAUCCUAUUCAAUCUCGCUCGUAGCCAAGACAUUCAAUAACAGAAUAUUCUCUUAUGUCCGCAGUGCACCGUGGUCACUGUAGGUUUGCAGUGCAUCAUGAAAAAUGUUUGAAUCCUCCUUUUUUCAAGGUCUUUAUCGAUCAUCUACAGUCGAACCGCCAUGUGCGACCACCUUCUGUCAGCGACCACUUGACGCAUACUCUGCUCUCUAUGUUCGCUGUAUGUACCGUGCUAGUUAGAAUAUAGUGACAGCAGGGAACUACACAUGACGUAACUUAGACAUUGCAUGCAAUAAAUAUCUUCCAUAAAGUAGGUGUGUCUGAACAUAACAUAACAUAACGUAAAACUUUAUUUAUACUCGAAUUUUAGAGUAGCUAACAAGCUAAUAUCUUCAAGCUGACACUAGGUAAAAACUAUAUAGAAAAUAUAUAUAUACUUUAAAUGCAAGGAAAGAAAAUAUCAUUUACAAUUGACAAUUUUAAGUUUAAGUAUGUCAGGCAAAAAGAAUCUACAUGAAGGUAGCAUCCUGUAGUUUAGUCUUAAAGUCUGCAAAAAAACUGGUACGAAAAAAGUCCGGCAGUGCAUUCCACUGCUUAGCUGAAAAGUAAGAAAAGGAGUUAAAACCAUAGGUAGUUGUUCUAGGUUUACUUAGUGAAAGAAUGUAGUUGCCAGGAAGAUCAUAGGAAGAGGACCGGAGUGAAAACAUAUUCUUCAUAUAAGUAGGAAAAUGAGUGAAAAACAAACUCUUAUAUAACAGAAUGAGGAAAUUUUGAAUGCGUUUGUUAAACAAAGAAGUAGAGCUGACUUUUGAGAGAAGAGUGUUGUAUGGAGACGAGUAAUCUCCAAGUAUAAAUCUAAGUAUUCUUUUAUUUAAAGCUUCAAGCUUAUCCGCAUCGCGCGCUCCACAAAAGUGCCAGACAGAGGAGCAAUAAUAAAAGGGAGGUAAAAUAUACGCUUUGUAAAGUUUGAAUAGAUUUCCUUGCGUAUGUGUUUUCUAAAGCGCAACAUAACAUUAAAUUGAUUAUUAAUCUUUUCGCAUACAUUCGAUAUAUGUUUAGAAAAACUCAGUUUAUUAUCUAUUUCCAUUCCAAAAAUCUCUAACGUGUAAUCUCUUCUUGGAAGAGGCCCCAUGUGCUUCAAUUCUUGUACGUGACCACUCAGUCUGUUCGACUGUAUUUGAUAACUUUGAGUCUGGAAAAAAAAACUAUUGGUUUGGAAUUAUGUCUGAUAAAGUCUUGAAUUUUGGAUCGAAAAAUCAGUACGAACUCUUGUUAAUGUACACAGAGCUUAACCGUAAUUAGAACCAACCUUGGGAAGCAAUUCCCCAUCCCCUCGGAAAUUGCCUUCUCUUGGACCUCCUCUCCCCUCGGAAUUGUCCGUUGCCCUCCGUGGAGGGAGUUGGUGAUAAGAAUAUUAUCUGGAACUACACAUUACAUUUUUUUCGGUGAUUAUUCUAGGCACCGCAUUACAACUUGAAAAAUUUGGCCAAACAUUUUCAAGUUUCAGUUUACGUCCACUUUUGCCAUCCGUUGCAGUAGAAGACAGGAACAGUUUCAGAACCUGAAUACAGCCCUGAAUAACAAAAAAUGGACCAUUAAUCUUUGAAUUCAAUUGAGCAAGGACACGUUUGAACAUUUGAAAAACAUAGCAAAGAGCGUGAGGUAGCCCCUUUAAUCUUAAACAUGAUACUUACUUAGGGACGAUGAUAUAACAGAAAAAAAUCUACUCACUCUUGUCCUCGGAAGGUUCAAUCAACAUAUGAUUAAGUUAUAAAUAUCCUUUUUUAGCGUGCCAAAUCCAGGCUAUCGGUCUGGCCAGCAGUGACGCUAUCCCAGACAACAGUUUCUCUGCCUCGACUCAUCGUUCUGGUAAUGAAGCUUCCAAAGGCCGUCUAAACGGAAAUGGCGCCUGGUCACCUAGCGGAAAUAGUGAUGACAACGACUACUUACAAAUUGACCUGAAAGACCAGUUUUUUAUCUGCGCCGUAGCCACUCAAGGUUCAAGUGCCAAUCACUGGACAAAAAAGUACAAAUUACGUUAUUCGGUGGACAACUCAACCUGGUUAACUUAUCAAGAAAACGACACUGACAAGGUGUGUUUGUACACAAGAAAACUUGCAACGCAAUUAGAGCUACUUAAUGGGCCAUUUCCGAGUUGCUCCAAGCCUCUGUAUCAAAGCAAGGCUAAGUGCGAAACUGUUGAUACGAAAAUAAUUAUCUCCUGAGAAUACUCUUUCUCUCAAGAAAUACUUGUUUUGAACACCGGUAAUAGCGAAAUAACUGAAAGCCUGCUCAACAGAGAACCUGUUUUUUUACCAGUAACUCACCAAUCUUACUCAGACCCCCUGGAAAAAAAAACCUCUGUAAGCAACCCCCCCCCUGGAAAAAAACCUCCGUAAGCAACCCUCCACCCCCUCGGAAAUUGUCUCCUUUUCAGGGGCACCCAACGAGAAUAUAGUUCAAAACCACUCAAACAGCAUUUUUAAAAACCUUUUAGUAUUUAAACGGUAGUUAUAGGCAUAUUUUUAUCCCCUAAAAAUUUUUCAUCUGUUCGGAUUUCCUAGCUGAAAGUCUAAUUAUCCGAAAGUUAUAGGAAUCCAAACUUACCUUUCCGAAAAUCCCAGCCAGAAAAAAGGUUACCAAAAAUUCUUGGUGACCUUUUAAGGACAAAAAUCCGUUAAAAAUGGGCAAUAAUACCAUUAGAUGUUCGAAAAUGCUAGGAGAGGCAGGCAAGCAAGAAAUUUUGCAACAAAUGUUCCGAAAAUUCUAGAUCUCAAAUCGUCUUCCGAACAGAUAUUUUCCGAAAACUGACGUGGGUGCCCCUGUCCUUUUGGAAGUUUGUAGUCGUGCAUAAUAACCAUAGUGAAAAAAGCGCGCUUCGUCGAGUUUUGUAAUAAUAAUUGCUUGCUCUGAGGACAUCUACGGUCGUUAUGUCAUCCAAAACUGUGACCAUGAUUACCUCCACCCGCUAUUUGCGAUUAAGCAACAUUUGGCAAGCAAGCAGAGUAUAUUAUGGAUUCCAAAAAUGAGGAUUACAGUCAAGGCAGGUCAAACGUACGCCCCAAGGUUCUAUUAAGGAAUUGAUUAUUUGUAAAAUGAAUCCGUUUGUCGUUCCCGUUAUUAGUGCCAAAUUAAAAUCGGCAUUUCUGCACGCGCAAUGAGCAGUGAAUAUUUUACGAGAACUUCUCUGUAUUUGGUGAGACGGAAAAUAUUUCAGUGGAUUAAAUUUCUUAGAAGACGUUGAAAUCAAAUUCAGGGAACCUGAGCUGGUAGAAAUGUCUUAACUGCCUGGCGUAUGAAUUCACGGCCACACACACAUGCAAGAAUGCGAAGAUGAAUCUGAAAUCUACAACUACCGACGGAUUCAACCUUCGAAUAAUAAAUUCAUUAAUGGAAUCUUAGGGGUACGCUUGACCUGGCUAGGCUGUAACCGUUUUCAUAGUGCCCAUAAUACACUCUGUUAAACCGGGAUUUUUUUUCUUAAUUUCCCUUGGGACGACCCAAAGAAAAAUUGUAUGACCAUGGUUAUAAAUAUUUUUUUUGGAUUGGGGGUAGUGGGAACAAGAUGUUUAUGGUCAAUGUGAAGAAAGUUAAAUUGGAAGGAUUUUAUAUAAAAAUACAAAAAGAAAAAAUUCCGCGGUUACACGAGACAACUUUUUCUAGGCUAACUGAUGUUAGGUUUACUAAGGGAAAGUUGCGUUCUACCCACCGGUUAAGCUAGUUGAUCUGAAAAAAAAAAAAAUUGCUAAGGUAACUUUUGCACCAAAAAAGAGCAGCUUUAGAACCUAUUUCCUUAGUCUAGUGGUUACAUUUAAUUUACAACAAUGUUAACUGUUUGCAGAUCUUUAACGCCAAUGACGGGGAGGGUGAUAUCGUCAAACACAGUCUGGUUGGAAAAGUUAGAGCAAGGUUCAUUCGCUUUCAUCCAACAGAGUUUGAAGCUGAAAAAGCUUUAAGAGUAGAGGUGUAUGGAAUACUCACAACAACAGGUAAAUUGUGUAUAGUGUAGUCUGAAAUGUCAACCCACUCCCCUAACCCCCAUUACUCGUCGGUUUUGUAAAAAUAGUGCUUGGGACAGUUUGAGAAAAUAAUGGUCGACGUUCGGUCUCCGUCUAAGAGAAAUCUGGCACAACUGUGUAAUGUGCACGUGGUAGUGACAACCUUAAAAGCGUUCGAAUAUAGUUGAGGAUAUCGCCGUACAAUCACAGACUAAUAGCGAAGUAAAGUGAAGCUUACUCACAAGGCCUAUUUAAUAUGAUUUAUAUGGAUUGAUUGGAGCAUAUCGGUGCAUAUACUUUCCCAGAAAUUUGCCCCAACUAGGUCAUUUUUUGAAAGUGGACAUUUUUCAUCUUCUUCUUUCUUGAGAUUAGUUUUUGUGACCACAAGUAAAAAUUAAUUGUUGCUUAUUACCAACUAUUGUUUUUAGUUAGUUUCCGUGGAUGUCGAUAAGUAUUCUCUCUUGAAGCAUUAUGACACACUUUUUAGUAAAAAUGCUAUUUCAAUGCAUUGAUGAAAGCUAUUAAUUGAGUUCCUACUGUUGGUAUUUCUCUUCAGUCAAGUACCCUUUCUUUAUUCUUCCCACAAUCCAUAGGCCCUCUAACAAUAUAUGGUAAAUAAUAGGUAGAUUUUUCAUUAUCCAGAUUGAGAGAAACACAUCUUUAGUAACGUUCUUUCGGAGCGUUGAUAAAAGCUGUUGAGCUCUUGUCGGUGUUGUUGUUAUUGUUGUUGUUGUUUUUUUUUCUUUAAAGUUCCCUCUCUGCUUUUCUUUCAUGUUUUCUUCCCACACUGAAUCUCUAGGUCCUCUAACAAUAUACAGUAAAUCAUCAUCCAGAUACUUACUUUUCUUCUAGCGCCAAGCCGUGCUCCCACAAGCUUUAUAGUGACCCCUGCCUCCUCCACCAGUGUUCAAGCAUCCUGGCAGUUACCAACGGUAGACUUCCAGGCGAUUACAGGAUUCAGGCUCCUGUACAGAAACUUAAGCUCUGUUGAGGAUCCACUUACCGUCAUAACCAUUGAAGGCUACUCUACCCUUAGCCAUGAAGUCACUGGACUUGGGAUAUUCACAAAAUAUGAAUUUCAAGUAUUAGCUUUUUCAAUUAUGGGUGAUGGACCGUCAAGUGCCGUUAAAACUGUGAGAACUAACGCGGAAGGUAAGUAUUCACCGUGGAGCUAUUUCUAAGUGCUAGCCUUUUUUGAGGAUACCGACGAUAAUCAAUUUAUGUUGCUCUUUCUCAGAGAUUGAAAUUAUCGCUCGCCCACUCCCCAGUGCGAGUGUGAAGGCGCCUCGGACGAUUGGCAAUCGUUGAUUACUCGCCCGAUUACGUCUUCAAUCCUGCCUUCUAUUAUAAUACUCUAUUUAUCUCCAUAUCUGUUUUGUCGUUUUAUCUAUAUCGCUGUUGGGAACAGAUGAUCAAGGUAGAAUCUGUCUUGAAUUUUUAGGGAAGGAUUGUUUUUUAAAAUGCCUUUAUAUGGAAUAUUUUUUUAGGAUAGAUAAAGGCAUAGUAAUAAUUAUUGUUUUCUGGUGCAGGUUAAGGUCGUUGCAUUUUUUUUUAAAUCUCUGCGGGAUUGACAAAUUUAGAUAAUCGAAAUGCAUCCUUGUUGUUGUAGUCAAAUGCCAUCAUCCUAAAUAUGGCCUUUUGACUUCUCGUUUUCAGCCCCUUCACAAGCCCCUGCGAACCUGGUUGUGACUGUCAACAACUCGACUAGUGUUUUAGCGAACUGGCAACUUCCCCCCGGGAUAUCCCAAAAUGGAGUUAUUUUGGGAUUUACACUGUACUACCGGAUAAAUGGCACCUCUGGUCAAGCGAACACUGUCACUGUUCACGAUGGAACAGUUCUCUCUACAACGAUCACGGGACUGGCGAAAUUUACAGGAUACGAAUUCCAAGUGUCCUCAUUCACUAACGCUGGGGACGGACCGAGAAGCUCUGUUGUGACGGAGAGAACAAGUGAAGAUGGUAAGACAUGUACAGUCAAUGUAAGAAUGAAAACACGUACAUGUACAUGAACGAUCCUUUCGGCUAAGCUUAUAUGCGUUAGGCUAAGAAUUCUCAGUUCUCAUACUUGAAACAUCGUUUGCCUGAGGAAACACCCCACAUUUCCAACGCCACGACAGGAUUGCCCAACGAAAUGACGUCUCUGAGGAAAGAGCGCAGAACUUCCAUACUGAUGACAGUGCUUCGGAUUGAUUGAAAUUUUGCUUUAACCAAUCAGAAACACUGCGAUCAAGUUGAUGUAUUCAAUAAGUUAUUCCUUGACACGCUGAGUGAACAUGCACCAAUUAAACGUAUGGCGAUCAAAUCACGCCCGAAUCCGUUUCAUCACACCUGAGAUCAAACAAUUGAUGAAAACCCAUGAGUACCGGCAUAAAAAAGCGAUGAAAGCAAACGACAAACUCCACUGGAACGCUUUUCGAUUUUUUAUACAGGAAGUUGUGAAUAUCCCAAAGGAAUUGUAGUAAGUUUCAUCGGUAUCUUUGUGCCCAAAAGAACUUUCCAUGAUAAAGAGUUAUCUUUAUCUUUGUCGAAUGUAAGUAUUAUUACGACCUCUUUGUUUAUUAUAAAAUUUUUGAAUGUUUCUUUUUCUUGAUAGCACCCAGUUUCGGUCCAGAUACAGUUUUCACUACUGAACUAAAUGAAACAACAUUCAACAUUUCAUGGGCUCCUCUACCAACGGAGAAGAGCAACGGGAUAGUCGUUCUCUAUGAAGCAAAUGCGGAGUUGGUACCCACGAGAGGACGCUCACGGCGAGCAGUUGCAAGCAGCAAAGGAGUCAGUACAACAGAAACCUUUGCUGUUUUUUAUGAUUUCCUCACUUGUUCCCAGUACAGUAUCUCUGUUCGGGCUUUUACGGCCGUUGGACCUGGACCCUACGGCACGGCCACACUGCUACAGACAUCAAGUAAGUAGUCAGAGUUACCCCAAGCCUCUGUUUCAAAACGAGGCUAAUUGAUAAACCUUUCUUGUGAAAAUAAGUUUUCUGUGCAUGAGAAUAGAAAAUCAUUGUCACAUCAAUGGCUUCGCGCUUAGUCUCGUUUUGAAACAGAGGCUUGGAGUAACUCGUAAAUGGCCUGUUAUAUACCAAAAAUACAUUAUAAAAAUAUAUUAUUUGUUGGGAAAUAAGUUUUCUUUUUUCCAAUAACUUAACCACUUUUCCCAUGAUGCAAGGAGAGGUAGGGAGCAUGGAAUUAAGGAUGUGUUUUUACAGCUGAUUUCAGUGCGGUGUAUACACCCUGAUUUUUAGACAUGACUCGACGGUCAUGAUUCGACCGUCAUGAUUCGACCGAGAGGUUACCAAGCAGUAUAGUAUUUUACCUUGAAUAUCCUACAGGAAUCAAAGCAUACAAUCUGAAAGUUACUUUGAUGAUAGCUUGAAUAUUUCUCUUGUAAUUCAGAAAAAGAGGACUGUGAUCCAUAAUUUGUUCUCCUUUUCCGGGAUAACAGCUUCUCAUACAGUCACGCAAUCUAAUCGCAAUACAUGUUAUCGGGCGUGUGGACGUCUCGAUCAAUAAUUUUUGUCGGCUCUUUUCUCAACUUGUUUUGGGCUUUUACCUUGAUCUUUAAGGAAAUAUCAUAUUUUACCCUUUUCCAAAAAAAAAAACAAAUUUUGCUUUCUUUUAUGUAUGGUUUUCUUUAUUUGUGCUUACUAGGGUCAUAGGUCGAGGAUCGAACAUUGUGAUAUUUUUCAACAGUCGACAAAACAAAACUUUCAAACCCUCCAGCAAAUUCUUUCACAACGGCAGACUGAUCAAUUUAUCUGUUGAUUUCUUCGCCAAAACGUCAAGGUUUCCUGUUAUUUUUUAACCAUGCAGAAGCUAAGUAAGGACGAAAAAGUACCAACUUGAAGAAAUACAAAUUUGCCUCCCUGUUAACUAAAUUUGCAUCACUGUUACAUGUAAAUUGCGGGUGGUAUUCACCAACGGCAAAACACCGAAACCUUGUCAUACGGAAGAAGACUAACGAUUAACCGUCGGACUAUUUCGCUUUUCGCUGUGUUGAUAAUAUUUCGUCCAUUAUGAAAUCGCCUACAGAAAUACAUUCGGACUCGGCAAUCGAACUCCAGGUUUAUCACCUGAUCAAAUGUUAUCAUAAUUUCUGUAUCAUGUCGCUGCUUUCCAAGCAACAAAGCUUUCCUCUUCAGGUAAAACGCAUUUGUCGGGAUUCUAGCUUCGUUACACUUAUGUCCUUUAGUGCUAAGCUUUCCAGCCAGAUUUUUCUCUCACUGUUUCGGAUCCCACGGCAGAACUCUCAAUUAUUUUCGCGACCGUUUACGUACUGCGAAGCGAUACGUCACGUGAUUAGUGUCGAAUCAUGACAGGUCGAAUCAUGACCGUCGAAUCAUGUCUGAAAAUCCGGGUGUAUACAUAGCAAUGAAAUCAGCUGUAAACUUUUAUUCCAAGAAGUUUAUUCCAGGUAGUUUAUUCUUUUGCCCAAAAGUACGAUUUUCUUGGAUGAUUUUCGCUCUCCCUUUUAGAACAUCUAAUCAUCAGAUUGUAGAAAAAAAAAAGAAUUCAAUGAAUUUUCCUUUUAAGCUUCAAUUAGUAUCUGAAUUCAAAUUUUGGAUUAACCGUGGGUUCUCUUAACUAAACUUAAACCCAGCCAUGGCGGAGACUGCGUCUUUCGUAAAGCACUCCAUUAUGCAGCCACCUAUUAAGCGGCCAGUAAUCAAAGUCCCGAAAUAAUUGUAGAAUAUAAUAAUAAUAAUAAUAAUAAUAAUAAUAAUAAUAAUAAUUCCGAGAGGUCUCGGGAUGAGACUUGACUGGAUAUUUCUCCCCAAGUAAAAUCCCUGUGCUAAAUUUUACAUAAUAAUAAUAAUAAUAAGUAAUGUUAACAGGACUGAGUGGAGUCCAAUUUGGUCUGUAAUCAUACGAGUGAUUAAUGAUUGUUUAAUCACGAGUAUGAUCACAGACCGAAUUAGACGACACGAAGUUCUGUUACUAGUUAAUCAUAACUUUAACAAAAUUUUGUGAUAUAGAAGGCUCUUUUUCAGACAAGAAAUUCCAAGAUUUUUUUGCUAGCAGUGAAAAAAAAAAAACAUUUAAGCGCGCGCGUGAUGGCGUGUACUAUCUAAUUACUUAGGUAUGACACGUACUGUCCAAUUAAACUGUUUUAGGAGGCACUGUGGCCGAGUGGUUAGCGCGUCGGACUCGCAAUCCGUUGAUCCCGGGUUCGAGUCCCACUCUGUCGACUUGCUGGAUUUGUUGUCGGUAGUCCCGAGUUCAAAUCCUCGGCCACGCUUGUAAAUAGCCAACUGGUUGCCUAUUGCUAGUUGGGGUUUCAAAUCCUGUUAUGUUGUAUAAUUUUAAAUUAUUAGUUUUUAAGUAUUUAAGUGGGGUGCCUGUAAACUAGCUAGAUAAGCUAAGUGCUCUUUCCACUAUAUAAAUACACAACAACUCUGUUUGGGGUUCUCUGGGUCUUUAUUGCCUAGACUAUCGCGUGAUACCCUCAGGGAGGGAGGGAUGGGACAAGAAAAGCUGACAAUCUUGUUCAACGCGUCAGCUGGCUAGAAUCGCAUAAUGACUCACACAUGGCAGCAGCUUGCAUAUAUACAUGGGCUUGGCGCUGAACUUCCGUCACAUGUAUUUAAUCCUUAUAAACAGGUUUAUCACUCACUAAAUACACAACAACUCUCUUUGGGGUUCUCUGGGUCUUUAUUGCCUAGACCAUCGCGCGAUACCCUCCAAACCCUCAAAGAGAGAAAAGGGGGGUUAGUGAGUGAUACCCUGGCUCAUCUGUUUAACAGCCUCUAAUUUGUAGCGUAGUGAAUGGUCCAAGUAACGUUCAUAUACAGUCGAUUUCUAGUCGCCUUGUAGCUUAAUAUAAUCGCUAGGCACGCCACAAUGCAAGGCAAAUAAAGCACCCCCUGCCUGAAGGAGUGUCCAGAGAAACGCGAGCUAUCGUAGCCGCAUAGAUCCAAUAUUCGUUUCAGUUUAGUUGUGAAUGUGGUAUAUGUCAGUGUUUUAAGGACACCGUCCUCUGGGUAAGUAAAAGCAGGUUCUGAAGCAGAUUUGUUACUUUGAUAAACACCGGCAAGCUUGAAAGCGCGAGUUACCGCUGACCAAGGACACAAAAAGGAGUGAGCAAUCUGUGGAACUGGAACCAGGAGAGUGCGAUCUCGGUAUUGGAUCGUUUUGGACCAACGAACAACAAGAAUCAUGCCCCACGGGAACAAUCGAACAUCACACUUCCGCAGGUGGCGCUUGUUGUCAAAUUCCUUGGUGGAAGGUGGCAGUAAGUUUGACUUACGAAAGAAAGAGAAAAACGCGACCAAACAUGCCGCCCAAAAGGUGGCGUCAAACGAGGAGUCAAGAUGUAAAUGGCAUUACAUUUUGUGAAGAACAUCGGGUGUAAUAGGUAGCUUUUGCGUCACACGUUCUCCAUUAAUUCGCUUUAUGCCUCUCAUGAGGAGAGUUUUCUGAUGCCUGAAUAAGGGGUCUUCAAGAGGGUUAGGGUAGCCAUACUGCAGGUGCAAAAGACGGACAACGUUGAGAUGCUUGGGAAUGCUGCGAGUAGAGAGUGUUCGUGCGAGGAAGACAAUGUAACGGGGGAGGUGAAUAGCGCGACAGGGAACUGGGGAUGCUCGUAGCUGCAAAUUAUAACUUGCUGCUGUGGAUUUGGCAAGGGCAUGGUUACGGUACAUUCUCAGUUCUUCCUGUAGUAGCUGCUCCUGAGUAUGGACUGCACCUGCCAGGGGAGAGAAGGCUUACUGUGAGACCUGAGCUCGUUGGCGGUCGAACGCUAGAGGGAGGUUGUGGAAAAGUUCCUUUAGCGUUCUGCAGAAUUCAGGGUCAUGAAGGCGUGAGAUGGCAUCGGCAACGGUGUUAGCCUUUGAAGAGAUUUAACGAGCGGUGAUUCAAAAAUUGUCAGUUGCCGAGAACCCGAGCGUAACCAUUGCAUAACUUGGGGGUUGCGACUUAUGCCUUUGUUUAACGCGCUUAUUGUCGUCUGGUUAUCAGUGUGGACAACAAUCCAUUUGUCACACAAGUACCAUUUCCAGCGGUGUAACGCUAGGAAAACUGUAAAGGUUUCUUUGAGGUUGAUAUGCGUGUCUGUUAGAUCAGGAUGAUCAGUAGCCCAGUUGGUGUAAAACCAAUCACCCUGAAAGAACCCUCCUAAUCCGAUAGGACAAGCAUCGGUAGAGAAUUCUUCCAAAGCGGUUGGUGUUGAAGGAACAAAGAACGCUUGCCAUUAAAGACGCUUAGAAAACUCGCCCACCAUAAUAAAUCGGCUCUUAGGCAGGUGUUAAUGAUCAGUGCACUUUCCACUAUAAAUAAGUCUUUUAUUAAGGCUGGAAUCAGGGCAGAUUUGAGAAAUUUGUUAUUAAUAAAAAAUACUACUACUACUACUACUACUACUACUACUACUACUACUACUACUACUACUACUACUACUACUACUACUACUACUACUACUACUACUACUACUACUACUACUACUACUACUACUACUACUACUACUACUACCACUACUACUACUACUACUACUACUACUACUACUACUACUACUACUACCGCCGCCGCUGCUACUACUACUACUACUACUGCUACUGCUACUGCUACUGCUACUGCUACUGCUACUGCUACUGCUACUGCUACUGCUACUGCUACUGCUACUGCUACUGCUACUGCUACUGCCUACUACUACUACUACUAGUACUACUACUAGUACUACUACUAGUACUACUACUACUACUACUACUACUACUACUACUACUACUACUACUACUACUACUACUACUACUACUACUACUACUACUACUACUACUACUACUACUACUACUACUACUACUACUACUACUACUACUACUAGUACUACUACUACUAGUACUACUACUAGUACUACUACUAGUACUACUUCACCAUUUCAAAUCUCUGCAUUCUAUUGACCCGACGAAUUCCACGCAUGAACAUGAAAUCCAUAGGGAACUAAAUUCUUUAGAACACGAAAAGGAACAGUUUAACCAUCUCGAUUAUGAGAUAACUGAGAGGGAAAUACGUCAAGCGGCGAAGAAAUUGAAAAAUAAGAAAUCACCAUUUGUUAACAAAAUACCAAAUGAAAUGAUCAAAGCAAGCCUCGAACCACUAAUGCCUGUCUAUGUCAAACUUUUUAACCUCAUUUUACAAUCCGGAAAAAUGCCAGAUGUUUGGUGUCAAGGCCUCAUAACCCCAAUUUACAAAUCUGGUGACAAGAGUGAUCCAACAAAUUACAGAGGCAUAUGUGUUUCUAGUUGCCUUGGAAAACUGUUCUGUUCUAUUUUAAAUCGAAGACUUCACUUGUAUUUUGAGGAAAAUAAGAUAUUACAUAAUUCCCAAAUUGGCUUUUUGCCUGAAAACCGCACUGCAGACCAUGUUUUCACUCUAAGGACCCUAAUAGAUAAAUAUGUGCAUUAUCACAAGGAAAAAGUCUACGCUUGUUUCGUAGAUUUCCGCAAAGCGUUUGACUCUGUUUGGCACGAAGGAUUGUUUUAUAAGCUGCUAAAAACGAAUAUAGGAGGAAACUUGUACAAUCUCAUGAAAAGUCUUUAUUGCAACUCGACAUGUUCCAUCAAAAUCGGUGAAAACAAAACACAGCCUUUUUCAUAUUCCAGAGGUGUACGUCAAGGCUGUAUUUUAAGCCCUCUUUUAUUUAACCUCUAUUUAAACAAUCUACCACUUUUAUUCGAAAACACCUUAUCUGACCCAUUUGUUCUCCCAAAUGGGAAAAAAAUAAAUUCACUUUUCUACGCAGAUGAUUUAGUUAUUCUAUCAAGAUCGAAAACUGGAUUACAGAACUGUUUAAAUGCGCUUUCUUUGUACUGUGACAAAUGGAAGCUAAAAAUUAAUCCGAAGAAAACAAAAAUUAUGAUAUUCCAGAAACGCCCAAAAAAAUCUAUUGACAUCAAAUUAAAUAUAGGCAGUGAGUCAAUUGAAAUUGUCCAAGAAUACACUUAUUUAGGUACACGUUUAACUCCAACGGGAAACUUUACACUUGCACUCGAACACUUAAAAGAAAAGGCCCUUCACGCGUUUUCUAGUAUUCGGAAGCGGACAAUUCUUAACAAACUUAAUCCUAAUACUGCAUCCCAAAUUUUUGACACCAUGGUAUUCCCAAUCUUGAGUUACAACAGCGAGGUAUGGGGGAUGUACACCAAGCAAGAUUUUAAAAAAUGGGAUAGCUCCCCAAUAGAAAAAAUCCACCUCAAAUUCUGUAAACGUUACUUAGAGGUUAACAAUAAGGCCUCUAACAUAGCCUGCAGAGCUGAACUUGAUAGACUGCCGCUGCUUAUCCCGAUAAAUCAGAAAAUUAUGAAAUAUUUUGUUUACCUCAACAACAAAGAUAAUGACUCUAUAGUCAAACAGUCUUUCCUUAUGUCAAAGAAUCUACAUUCUAUGAAUAAUUCCGGAUAUUUUUCCAAUUUCAUAAACAUGCUUGAACAAUACAAUCUAACCAGUUUAGAUGCUGAAUCUCUACAUAAUGAUAAAAUUAGACGAUAUACCACAAAAAUGAGAGAGAAAUAUCUAUCUUUUUGGCGGCACAGCCUCGAAAAUUCAAAAAAACUAGAAUUUUAUAAAACUUUUAAAGAUGAAUAUUCUACAUCUGAUUAUCUCUACCAGCUAAGACAUUAUGACGAACGACAGAAUUUUGUUAAAUUUAAAAUAAGUAAUCACAAACUUAUGAUUGAACAUGGUCGAUACCAAAUCGAUCAUUUGCCAAGAGAAAAUAGAUUAUGUCCUUUAUGUAACUCAAAUCAGGUAGAAGAUGAGAUUCAUUUCCUCUUUCAAUGUAACAAAUACUCAGUACAGAGACAGGCAUUUAUUAAUCAAAUCAAUCGAAUAAUACCUGACUUUGACAAGAAAUCAUCUCCAGAAAGCAUAAAACUGAUAAUGAAUUCGAAGGAACAUCAUGUAAAUAAGUUAGUUAUGAAGUUUGUUUCCUCCUGCAUGAAAAUACGUGAUUCAUUGUUAGUAAUGUAACCGAAUUUUUUCUAGAUUAUUAUUAGUGCUGUUUUAUUUUAUAUUUUGAUUGUCAUAUACAUGCUUUUGCAAUACUGUAAAAUGAUGCGGUCAUGCAAAUAAAGCAAUUUAUUAUUAUUACUAUUACUACUACUACUACUACUGCUACUACUGCUA